AUGGACAGCAAGGAGACCAAAACUGAGCCUUGUUUAGAGGUAACAGUAUCUGAAGGCCCAGAGCGGAAAAGACAGGGCAAAUUUCAGCCUCUCCGGCGUCUGUUUGGGAAAAAGAAGAGGCGGGAGGUUGAGAAGGAGUUUGAGGAAACUGAGCUUAAACCCAGCCACUCUACGGGUGAUGUGUGCAAUGGAAGGGUCCUGGACGAUAAGGAAUCUAAAGAGCAUCUGAGAGAGCUUAAUUCUCUGGGGUCUCGAGCUUUUUCACACGAGAGUAUCUUCAUUCCUGAAGGCCAGCCCGAGGAGCUCACCACAGAACAGACCAUGUCUCAGGAGAAUGUCUCAGACAAAGUCAGGAACUUACAGAGGCAGAUAGCUCAGAGUAUUAAGUUUGGACAGAAACCUCCCUCACUGAGGAAGAGCGAGGGUGAUGAGGGGAGUUCAGAUGAGGAAGAUGUUCCCAGAAGUCCAUUGAAAGUGUUAGCCCAGGUGGAAGCAGAGCCCCUGCAUGCUGAAUCGAAAGAGAAGGCUCAUACUCCAAGCCCGGAUGGUGCUUAUUAUGGAACCCCUGUGAAAUCUCCACGUACGAAACGCCCUCCUCCCCCUGGCACCAUUGAAUCCAUUAACUUAGAUGCUGUGCCUCAGUCAGUCCCACGUUUGGACAAUACCGCUGCCAAACACAAACUGUCAAUCAAACCCAAAAACCAGAGGGUGUCCCGCAAGCAUCGCAGGUUCACACAGGAUCUGCAGGAAGUGUCUGACAUAAUACAAGAAGAAAUAGAAGCACGAGACCAUGCAGAUGAAUCAGAUGUUUUCCUACAUGACUACGCAAGAACUAAAGGGUUUCAAGAGGAAUAUGAGUCCACUGAGAAAUCCAAGAAGCAGAGACUUCAGGAGGAAGAACUUAGGAAACAGGAGCGCCUUGAACUCCAAAGACAGAGAGAGCAAGAAGAGGAGAGAAGGAGGCAGGAGCAUAUGAGAAGGGAAGAGGAGCAAAGAAGACAGAGAGAAGAAGAACAAAUGAGAGCCAUGGAGGAGGAGAGACAGAGAAGACAGGAGGAAGAGAGACUGCAGAGGGAGGAGGAAGAGAGACUGCAGAGAGAGGAGGAGAAGAGACUACAGAGGGAGGAGGAAGAGAGACUGCAGAGAGAGGAGGAAGAGAGACUACAGAGGGAGGAGGAAGAGAGACUGCAGAGAGAGGAGGAAGAGAGACUGCAGAGGGAGGAGGAAGAGAGAAAGAGGCGAGAAAAAGAGCAAAGAAAGAGGAUAGAAGAAGAGAAGAGGAGGCAAUUUGAGGAAAUGAGAAGGCAGCAGGAGGCAGAGGAAGAGGAAAGAAGGAAAAAAGAGGAAGAAGAAAAACGGAGACUCCAGGAGCUAGAGGAGAAACAAAAGAAAGAGGAAGAGGAACAUCUUCGUUUGGAAGAAGAAAGAAGGCAGCAAGAGGAGAUGGAGGCUGAAAUGAAAAGGCUGGCGGAAGAGGACAGGAAGAAAGAGGAGGAGGAGAGAGUAGCUGAGGAACAGCGCAGAGUCUCUGAUCCUGAGUGGAAGAGGAGAGCAGAGGAGAUACGUUGGAGAGAGAUGGAGGAGAGGCAGAGACCCUUCACUUUCAAAGUUUCCUCAGGUGAGAAACAGAUCCUCUUCCAGAAGGUGAACCUCACACCUGUCACGCCAACUUCGGGCCAACAGGACAGUGCAACUUCUGAAACUAGAGAGGGAACCAACGCCACUGUGCCUGGAAGUGCUGACUCUCCAACUCUCUCCUCCUCUCUGUACGUUCCUCACACUGCUAUUCUGGUGACUGGAGCCCAACUGUGUGGCACAGCAGUAAAUUUGGACCAGAUUAAGGAUACAGCCUGCAAGUCAUUGCUUGGCCUGUCUGAGGAUAAGAAAGCCAUGGCCACUCUGCCUACCAGGUGUAAAACCUCUCCUGAGCGCAAAUCUGGGAAAACCAAAUCCUUCAGCGAGUCUUCCUUCUCUGAUCAGUCAGGUGCUGACGUACUAGCAGAAUGGGCAAGCAUCCGAUCCAAGAUUUUCAAAGGUGCCGAGGAUGGGAAGUACCAGGAAUACCCAGAUCAUGGCCGUAAGCAGACUCAAAGCCGACCAACAAGUGAGGAGUUCAGUCAGGCCCCAUUCCAGCAUACCCACUUAAGGAAGACCAUGUCUGCUAGCACCAAGUUUUCCAUCGUCCCAGCCAAGAAGAAAUUUGCUGACUCCAGUAGGAGUUCUGAUUUAUUCAGUCAAGAGGAGAGAGGGGGAGGGAUGGUAGAUUCUGCCUCUCCAACGCAGCCUUCACCUCCUGCUACUGUGAGCAAGGCUUCCAACAGGAGCAGUAAGACCGUCCGUAUUGCAGACAGUGCAGAGGAAUGUAUGUUUGCCAAAGAUCUCCCUUCCUUCUUGGUUCCCAGUCCUCCUCAUGGUUCUCCCAAAUCACAGCGGUCUGAAACUGAGUCAGUGAGCCAGGUAGAAUCUGAAGACUCUGACACAAAGGAAGAGUGUGAUCAGAAGGACCAGAGCAGUGAUGAAAGGCCAUCUCCUUUUGGGAUCAAGUUGAGGAGGACCAACUAUUCCCUCCGUUUCCACAAUGAGCAACCCACAGAGAAGAGGAAGAAAAGGUACAGUGCAGGUGACAGUUUUGAUGGUGUACCGGUGCCUCUUACCGCUAUAGACCCAGACUCAGACUCCUCUGCAUUCUCUGAGAAGUCCAGUCCUGCCAGUCCUUCUCCGCUUCGAGAAAACGUAGGUAGCAAACUCACAAAAGGCUCUGGUGCAGAGUCAUGGUCCAAGUAUAACAGAAAUACGCUACCUGCAACACGAAGUGACAGUGAUAAGUUCGUGUCCAAGCCUCCACUCCACCAGAAACCUGCCACAACCCCCAAACCCUCAGACAGUGCCACCCCACCACCUUCUCCACUUCCCAAACCUAGCAGAGCACCCACAAGAGAUACAGAGACCCAGAGGAAAGAAUCAGAGUUUUCAGCUAAUGAUGAGCUAAACAGUCAAAAGGAAGACGCUACAGUGUCUAUUCAGACCCAUAGGAAUGGUCAAGGUCAAGGUCAAGGGGAAGAUGAACCGAAGGAGAAGAGAUCAUUCUUCCCCUCUAUUAGCAUUCCCUGGAGGGAGAAAACUGACCGGAGGACGGAGCUCAUCAGGAAAGAAAAGCCCUCUCUUCAGAGCAGGCACUCCCUAGACAGCUCACGGGUGCAGGAGAAAGAGACAGGACCCCUGUGGAUCACACUUGCCUUGCAGAAACAGAAAGGCUUUAGAGAACAGCAGCAGAGCAGGGAAGAGAGAAAGAGCCAGAGGGAGGUUAAACUGGCAGAGAAACAAGCCCGGGAAAGAGACAGUACUGGACUUGUCAGCCCUACAGAGGUUAAGGGCAGUGGCAACACAAGUCCACCCAAAGCCCAAACUCCAGAGGAAAGCAAAAGGCCAGAUACACUCCUGGCCCGUUUUGAACGCCGUGACAACCUUAAGAAAGCCAACACUCUACCCAGCUCUGUCACUGUUGAGAUAGCUGACUCCACUCCAUCUCCGCCAGCGACAAAGGAGGUGUCAAAGCGUUUCCCUCCAGGUGAUACUCCCCAAGUUUCUACUGAGCCGGCAUGGCUUGCCCUGGCCAAGCGCAAGGCCAAAGCUUGGAGCGACUGUCCACAAAUCAUCAAGUGA